CUGGUCCUUUCUACCCUGUCCUCCAGCAGCCGGUGCAGCAUCCGUUGCUUCGGCAGAGGACAGCGGGUGUUGGUAGGUCGCUGUGCCCGCGGAGGGAAAGGUCCUGGCCUGGGCACGGUUUCAAAAGAGGCCCCGGGGCCGCCGCUGGAUGGAGUCGGGCUGCAUUCAGACAGCAAUGGCUAUGGGUCUGACAUCGAAGAAGGCGUCUGCUCGGAGCGUCGCGGUGGAGCGAAAAAACCUCAUCACGGUUUGCAGAUUCUCUGUGAAGACUCUCCUUGAAAAAUACACAGCAGAGCCCAUAGAUGACUCAUCCGAAGAGUUCAUUAACUUUGCUGCUAUUUUAGAGCACAUCCUCAGCCACCGCUUCAAAGGUAACACUGCAGGAUCUGGAAGCUGGUUCAGCUCAGAUGGACAGCGCAGUUUCUGGGAAUAUAUUCGGCUGGCGUGCAGCAAGGUGCAGAACAACUGCAUUGCCAGCAUCGAAAACAUAGAGAACAUCAGCACGUCACGAGCCAAGGGUCGGGCGUGGAUUCGAGUGGCGCUGAUGGAGAAACGCCUGUCUGAAUAUGUGUCCACUGCUCUGAGGGACACCAGAACAACCAGGAGGUUCUAUGAUGAGGGAGCCAUUAUGCUGAGGGAAGAAGCCACGGUCCUAACAGGCAUGCUGAUUGGACUGAGUGCCAUUGACUUCAGUUUUUGUUUAAAGGGUGAGACUCUGGAUGGGAAAUCCCCCGCUGUGAUUGACUACACACCCUACCUGAAGUUCACUCAGAGCUAUGACUACCUUAGUGAUGAGGAGGACCGGCGCAGUGUUGACAGCAGCAACAGUGAGGAGAGCGUCCCCGAGCAUCCCUACAUCCCUCUGGUGACAGACGAGGAGAGCUGGAGCAACAAGUGUCGCAAGAUGGAGCAAAGGUUUAAGAUUGUUUACGCCCAGAAGGGUUAUCUGGAGGAGCUGGUGCGCUUGCGGGAGUCGCAGCUGAAGAAUGUGGAGACAGAGAACAAGCGUUUCAGAGCAAAUGUGGAGGAGCUGACAGUGCAGGGCCAACAGGAGAAGAAAGAGCUUGAGGCCAUCAUCCUGGAGCUGCAGGCACAACUCUCUACCCUCAUGCCAUGUGAUUCCUCCCAUCUGGCUAAAGAUCUUUCCAUCCCACUGGUCAACCAGUGGUCCACUAUCACAAACAAUCGAGGUGAUGUCAAGCUUUUCCGCAGGAGGAGCUUCCACAGUCUGGAGCAGCUUUCUGCUGAUGUCAGUCUCAAUUCUGACUCCCUGAAGACUGAUGGGAGGCAGAACGGAGAUGCUGCCUGGACCUCAGCAGGAAAAGACAACACUCCCUCCAUGCUGGGUUUGUGUGGUUCUCUGGCCUCUUUACCCAGCUCCAAAUCCCUGGCAAGCCUCAAGUCAAGUGAGUGUUUGGUCAACAUCAGCACUGAACCCAGUCCUGCGCUCUCUCCCAGCUAGGAGCUCCAGACCAACAACAACCAAAAUUGAACCCCCAGCCUGUCUGCCUGGUGAUGCUGCGUUGAUCAUGCCCAAGCACCCGACUAAAGCCCUGCUCCCGCCAUAUUUCCAUCUCCAUGAGAUUUCAACAGGAAAGUAAUGACAGAACAUGUGGAUUUUUUCUACAUGAGAGAGAAAUCAUGAAGUUGAA